GAAUAACAAACAUACAUUGUGUUGUAGAAUAUAGAAAGGGUAUAAACAUUCCACAUCUUGUAAUAGGUUGAACAAGUUAUGUAUACAACUACAAGUAUACUUAAACAAAAAGGUAUACUUUAGGAGAAAACGUACAGUUCCGUGCCUCGAGCUGUGUGGCGUUUGCCGCAGACCCUAAAAUGAUAAAAUGGUUAACAACAUUACGGAAUUUGAAUUUCUCCAGUUUUCCUCAAUGAGACUGGAAGAAAAUAUGGAAGUGAAGAUAUUUGACGGAUGGACCAAAUGAAUUCAGACCCAGUUAAAGGAAGAAAGGAGCGUUCUGAGCUAGCUAUUACCAGCUAAAGGACCAGCUAACGGAUGAAGGAAACACUGGCGGCGAAACACUCGAGAUGUAUCCACCUGAAACGGAAGGAAAUGAAUCUCUCUUUUUGCUCAAACAGGAUGUUUCAGAGGACGGUGAUGACAAUGGCAUUGUCCAAAACAUUUCUCCUGAAUUGAAACAGCCACAAACUGGUGUGUCUCCACCACAAUCGUCUACAUCCCUCGAAAAGGACUGGAGUACAGAUUCACCCAACAACAGUGACAGUAAUGCUGAAGAGGAAUUCUACAAAUGCUCAUUGCCACAGCAGCCAUGUUUUUUUUUUUUCAUUGACCAGAAAGACUGGCAAGACCUAAAAAAAAACGCAGAAAGGGAGGCUUUUCAAAGGAUUGCAGUGGACUAAUGUUGUAGCCACUGGCAUUAAGUCAGUACACCCCUUUUACAGUUUUGGAUUUACCAUCAACACCAGUCAGGCACGGUCUAAGACGGCUGUGUUCUCAUGUAAGGCAUACUGCCGUUUUAAGGAUUGUCCAGUGACUGUGACAGUGGAGGUUAAAGAUGAAAAAACCCUGAAGGCUGAUGUGCUUUUCCAAGGAGGUGAGGUGUGCCACAACACAAAGGAAAUAAAAACGAGACCUGUGCGUGGACACUCCAGAGACGAAAUAGCAGAACAACUGGAAACCAAAAUGCCAAGAAGUCUUUAUCUGGAUUCUCUAAAUAAAAUACCAGAAAAAGCUUUCCAAGCAGGGUGUCGGGAUGAGGCUCCAUCUAAAGAGGUCUUGAAAAAUAUUGCCUGGUCCCACAGAAAAAAAGAUAGACCUCAUUUAAAUGAGAUGGCCAGUCUGCAAAUUUUAAUUGACAGACAGCAAGGACUUCCAAACGAAGUCCUUCAGAGAGUGCUCCUGCAUCCAAAAGGUAUAAUGCUCUGGUCCCAAAAAACACUUAUAGUGUUUUACCAAUGGUGCAAAGAUGACAUAGUAUAUUUUGAUGCAACAGGAAGCAUUAUCUCAAAAGAUAAUGCUUCUGCUACUCCGUACUAUGUGUAUGAAAUUAUAGUUCGAAAUCCCUUCAAGGGAUCAUCACCUCUUCCAACAGCAACUUUUGUAACAUGUGACCAUACCACGGCUUCUGUAACCUAUUUUGUACAAGCAUUUCAAACAGAGCUUACACGAAUGUAUGGAAGCAGGGCAAACAAAAGGCCAGUAAUGAUCAUAUGUGAUGGCUCACUGGUGCUUCUCCAGUCCAUUGCGAUAACAUUCUGCAGAGCAAGUUUGGAAGACCUCUUGGAGAGAUACUUCCAGGUUAUCACAGGACAGUUGGACACGGAUAACUUCAACAUACCCAUUCUCCACCGGUGUUUGAGUCACAUCAUGAAGAACGCAAAGGAUCUUUGCAAAAAGAGACUAGAGAAACACUACAAAUUUGGCAUGCACAUUUUUGGAUUACUGGCCUGUUCUUCCAACCUGAAAGAUUUCGAUGGCAUUAUUCUAAGUGCAACAGUAGUUUUCAAAAGUCCAUGCAGUGGACCAGAAGUGCAAAAACACCUGCAGAACCUCAAACUGCUGAUCAAUCAGACGGGAAAUGGGGAUGAUGAAGAAAAAGACAUCAUUCCAGAGGAUUAUAAGACGGCAAUAGUUCACUCAUCAGUUAAACAGCACUUUGCAGAAGUAAUUGCCAGUGCCCACCUUGAUGUGACUGGACCACCGAAUGUGUACCAUGCACCAGCAUUCAUUUCAAGUCUUUCUAAAUACUUUCUUCCACAUGCUACCUUGUGGUCAGGAAUGCUGCUUGGAGACCUUGGACGGCAUGGCAAAGGAUCAGCGUAUGGCUUUCUCAGUAAACGGUACAAUCAUGUGUCGCAGUUGAACAAGCAGAACUACACUGAAGACAACUGUACACAAGGGAUCAUGGAAAAAAGUCAAUGGGACCUGAAAAGGAUUCGUUUUGAUGGAAAGCGUCUCACUAGAUUAGAUGACUUUGUGCUCAUAUAUCAAAGGAAACAUGAUGGUCUUCUCAGAGAAUAUGGAGAUGUGGUCAAGAAAAGGAAGUCUUACCGAGUGGAGACCGAGAAAUGGAAGAAAAUAAGUAGAAAGCAAAAAGGCUUCUAUGUAACUCCUCAGAUGGGAAAACAAGUCAAACAGGAUUAUCAAGAAGAACCACCAGACUUAGAUGUGCCCACAGAGCAGACUGAAGCUGUCACUACACAGAGCACAGAAGACAUCGAAGGAUGGGAUUUGCAAAACAACUCCAGAAAAGUCCAGGAGGAGGAAAAGGGCAACACAUUGGAUAAAUUACAGGUCACUGCACUGUGGAAAAGAAAGGAAACCGAAGUUGUUGUUGCUGUGAUUCCAUCACAAAUAAAAGGGAACAACUUUAUAGUUCACCACAGCGAGCUGAAACCACUGGAACCUCAUCAAUGGUUAACAGGCGAGAUUAUAGAGUGUGCUCUGCUUGUUAUUGCCUGCAAGUUGGAUUUGGCCAGUAAGGUAUACAUACUGAACCACUACACUGCUGGUGUCAUCCUGUUUGGGAAAAGAGAAAUGAUGAGGAGGCACUGUUUGUCAAAGUCAACUUUGAUAACUACCAGGCAAUUGUUUGGUUUGUGAACGUUGGAAAUGUUCACUGGAAGUUCCUGUACCUAAGUAAAGCAGACAGCUUUCUUUACCUUGUUGAUCCAGCACGCAACACAAGAGAGCUUGAAGAAUCCAAAGUGGCAGCACAAAAAUUCAGGUAGAUUCUCUUUUUCAAAAAUUUAAUUGAUUAAAUGAUCAUGUUCUUUUAUAGUGCUGCAGUUUUCAAAAUUUGUAAUCCAGGCCUUAUGAGUGGGUUGGGACGGUUCUGAAGAUGUGCCUCAGUAAUUACAUUUUACCAUACCAUACCAAUUUUAUUUAUAUAGCACAUUUAAACACGGCAUGAGAGCCGACCAAAGUGCUGAACAAAACACACAAUAAAAACAAUCAAAAAUAAAAACUAAAUCCAUUAAAAUCAAGUAAUCCAACCCUAAAAGGAAAGGUAGAAAGGGAAUAAGUUAGACAGAAUUAAAAGCCAGAGAAUAAAAGUGAGUUUUUAAACGAGACUUAAAAAGGGAAAGAGAGGAAGAGAGUCUGAUCGGGAGGGGCAAGUGGUUCCAGAGCUUCGGUGCACAAACUGAAAAGGCGCGCUCCCCGCGGGACUUACAGCGAGAGCUAGGUACAUGUAGGAGGUGUUGGUCAGCUGAUCGGAGGGAUCUUGUAGGGACAUAUGGGUGAAUGAGCUCAGACAAGUAGCCAGGUGCUAAGUUAUUUAGGGAUUUAAACACAAAAACCAGGAUCUUAAACUCUAUCCGGAGAUGGAUGGGGAGCCAAUGAAGAUUUGCUAAAACCGGUGUGAUGUGUUCCCGCUGCCUGGUGCCAGUCAAGAAGCGAGCUGCUGCGUUCUGCACUAGCUGAAGUCGAGCGAGAGUGGAGGAGGAGAUACCGUAUAGCACUGAGUUAGAGUAGUCGAGACGGGAAGUAAUAAAUGCAUGGACAACUGAAUGAAGAUGAUGCCUUUUUAAAAUGGGCUUAACUUUAGAGAGACGCCUCAGGUGGUAAUAACAGGUCUUAACUACCUGGUUGACAUGAAUGUCCAUUUUUAGUUUAGCGUCCAUCACAACCCCUAAGUUUGUGACACGGUUUUUCAACCCACUUGUGAUAAAUGGAAGGGUCAGUUGGGGACUUUGAGAAGUACCAGGGCUGAAAAUGAUGGCCUCUGUCUUAGCGUCGUUCAGCAAAAGAAAGUUUUCUGACAGCCAGCUCUUCACAUCAUUACAGCAUUCAACAAGGGGCAGUAAGGAGUCAUUAGGCUUCACAGAGGCAUAUAAUUGGCAAUCGUCUGCAUAAAAAUGGUAAUCAAUGUGGUGUUUUUUAAAAAUGUCACCCAGGGGCAAAAUAUAUAAAUUAAAUAAAAGGGGUCCAAGAAUAGAGCCCUGAGGAACACCACAAGUCAAAGCCGCAGAGGGGGAGGCAGCACUACCCAUCAUAACAUUAAAGGUGCGGUCACAGAAGUAGGACCUAAACCAGUCUAAGGCAGUCCCCUGGAUGCCGACCAGCUGGUUCAGCCGAGUCAGCAGAAUAGCAUGAUCAACCGUAUCGAAAGCGGCCGACAGAUCCAAUAAAACCAGCAAUACAUUAGAACCAGAGUCAAGGGUUAAUAAAAUGUCAUUAAAAACACGAAGAUGAGCUGACUCGGUGCUAUGGAGGGAUCGGAAGCCUGACUGGAAGGGAUCCAUUAAA